GAGAGACUAUUUUAUUCAAAAUACCAGCCUAAACGGAGCAGAAAUAAGUUGUAACGGGUCGGGUUUUAUUUUCCUCUCCACCCUGCAUUUGUUGUACCUCAGCAAAGAUUAUCCUCCCCAUCAUAAUUCCCCCUUCCAUCCCUCAACCCCCUAAAAUCAUCCCUUAAUUCUCACCUUAACCCCAAUUAAUUGAUCUCCUUUUCCAAUUGUUGAUUCAAGAUGGUGUUAGCACAAUUAGGGGGGAGCAUAUCACGUGCUCUCCAGCAGAUGAGCAAUGCUACAAUCAUUGAUGAGAAAGUCUUGAACGAAUGUCUUAAUGAAAUCACGCGUGCCCUUCUUCAAGCUGAUGUUCAGUUUAAACUUGUCCGUGAUAUGACAACUAAUAUUAAGAAAAUUGUUAAUCUUGAUGAUCUUGCUGCUGGUCAUAACAAGCGUAGGAUCAUCCAACAGGCGGUCUUUAAUGAGCUCUGCAAAAUAUUGGAUCCUGGGAAGCCUUCUUUUACACCGAAAAAAGGGAAACCCAGUGUUGUCAUGUUUGUUGGUUUGCAAGGGUCUGGAAAAACAACAACAUGUACAAAGUAUGCAUAUUACCACCAGAAAAAAGGUUGGAAACCAGCUUUAGUGUGUGCUGAUACAUUCAGAGCUGGUGCUUUCGAUCAAUUGAAGCAGAAUGCCACAAAAGCCAAGAUACCCUUUUAUGGAAGCUACACGGAGUCAGACCCUGUAAAAAUAGCAGUUGAUGGUGUUGAAACAUUUAAGAAGGAAAAUUGUGAUCUAAUAAUUGUUGAUACCAGUGGGCGCCACAAACAAGAAGCGGCUCUUUUUGAAGAGAUGCGACAAGUUGCUGAAGCAACGAAACCAGAUCUUGUGAUAUUUGUUAUGGAUAGCAGUAUUGGUCAAGCUGCCUUUGAUCAAGCUCAAGCAUUUAAGCAAAGUGUUGCAGUUGGAGCUGUGAUUGUCACUAAGAUGGAUGGCCAUGCAAAAGGAGGUGGUGCCCUCAGUGCAGUUGCUGCGACAAAAAGUCCCGUAAUUUUUAUCGGAACUGGUGAACACAUGGAUGAGUUUGAAGUUUUCGAUGUUAAACCAUUUGUCAGCCGUCUUUUAGGCAUGGGUGACUGGUCUGGGUUCAUGGACAAGAUACAAGAAGUUGUCCCGAUGGACCAACAGCCUGAGCUGCUUCAGAAGCUGUCGGAAGGACAUUUUACCUUGAGGAUAAUGUAUGAGCAAUUUCAAAACAUACUUAAAAUGGGUCCAAUUGGCCAGGUCUUCUCGAUGCUUCCGGGAUUCAGUGCAGAGUUGAUGCCGCAAGGUCGUGAAAAGGAAAGCCAGGCAAAAAUUAAACGAUACAUGACAAUGAUGGAUUCAAUGACUAAUGAAGAAUUGGAUAGUUCGAACCCAAAGCUUAUGACGGACUCGCGAAUAAUGCGGAUAGCUAGGGGGUCUGGGCGGCAAGUGCAUGAGGUGAUGGAAAUGAUGGAGGAAUACAAAAGACUGGCGAAGAUAUGGAGUAAGAUGAAGGGGCUUAAGAUUCCAAAGAAAGGACAGAUGAGUGCCUUGUCUCAAAACAUGAAUGCACAGCACAUGAGUAAAGUCUUGCCUCCUCAGAUGUUGAAACAAAUAGGCGGCAUGGGUGGUUUGCAGAACUUGAUGAAGCAAAUGGGUUCGGCCAAGGACAUGAUGGGUAUGUUUGGUGGUGGUGGCGGGGACAAGUAACAUGAAACCACGAUUAACAAGUUAAAUUCGAAGCUGGCAAAUAUCUUUUUUAACUGGUAAAACAUCUUAACCUCGGAAUUUCCUCUUUCCCUUUGUAUUAUUGGCCAUAGAUUUUGGAAGUUUGGGAAACAAAUCAUGUCAAUAGAAGGAUUUGUUGUGAUUCCUGUAGCUUCAUGAUUUUGUUGCUGUAUUUUUGUAGCGGGAUGUUUCACAGGUACAAAUUGUUGAGUAGCAUUAUAGAUGUCAAUCUUUUCUCUCA